AUGCGAUCGUCAGGAGCCCUCGCGGCGGCACUUCUGGCAUGCACUUUGCUGUGCUCCACCUCGCCACUCUUGCCCGUUCAAGGUCGAGCUAUCAGCGCGCUCUCGGAUCUGCAGCCACAAGGGUCGUGCUCGCAGCGCUCCAGCGGACUGCAAGGCUUCGACGAAGAAAGCGUGUACAGAUCAGCGCCUGCUCAGGCCCUCAGUCAUGAUGAUGGCAGGGGAGGACUAGACGUAGGCUGGGUCGAUCCAAGGGUCGGAGGAGGUAGCUGUCUCGAUGUGAGUUGCGCAAGCGCCUCUUCAUAUGCGCGAGCAACCUCAUCGAUCCAUACAUCCUUGCACACCCACAGCUGGUCGGCAAUGGCUUGCGAGAACCCAUCAAUGCCAUCAUUUCAGGCAAAUCGGAUGCGGCGGUGUUGAGCGAUGCAGGUUUGCGAGACUAUGUCCGGUGCGUCGUAAAAGCAUUCAAUUAACGCAGUAUUCGUCCAGAGCGCUCAUUGUUCCUCUUACACUACCACCACAGCACGAUUGGAUUCUCUUUCGAAUGCUUGAAUCUGCAUCUUGGUGGUUUGCAGCGGGCAGAUCUCGGCGAUGGGCAAGGUUGGCAGACGGAGCUGUUCGAGUUUAGGCAGACACAGCUUCCUGGUGCGCCCGGCAGAUGGGUAGGGGCUUGUUGGGAGAGCUUGUACGGAGGCAACCACUUCAGAGCUUGGAAGCAGAACGGAACGCUGGCUGAUUCGGGCGCUUGGUUUUUGGCUGUCUCCAAGGAGAAGGUGAGCCAGAAAAAAGUUGCCGAGGCACCUUUCACCCUCGCAGGCCUGUGUGCUCAACGCCUGUUUUUUUUGUUCCCUCAAUUCGUAGAAUCUCAAGUUUCAUCAUACCAUUGACAAGGAUGGAUACAAUGCGGGCAGGGACAUGCUGGUCGAAGCUGCACUCAAGGGGGGCAAAUGGAAGAUUUGGAAGUGGAGAGGGCAGGUAGAGUGGGUAGAAGGUCUCUUGGACGCAGGGCGACACGGUGAGUGCCUCGUCGCAUAGAACACCGCCUCGAGUCCGGCGCUAACCGAUAGUAUGCCUUUUGCCGUGUCGCUACAGGUAUCAACCAUAAUGUGUCGCAGGAUGGAAGGGUAGCUGUGAUUACGGUGGAUAGAGUCAUCGACAUUGGCUUUGGCAUCCAUCCGAGCUUGUCAGUCCAACUGCAGAGCUCGAGUCCGCUGUACGGUCUGCUCGAGUCUGUCUACUACGUGCUGGAUCGCGCCAUCUACCAAGUCUUAGGCUCGGUGUUGAACUGA